CAAUUAAAGAAAAAAAAGCUAGAAGCUCCUCCUCUACCGGAAGAAACUACUUCGAAUUUGCAGACUCCGGAAGUGUUAGGGCAAAAGCUAGAUAAAAGAACCCUCCGCAAAACCGGAAGGACCGAACAAUUUGCGACAAGAGUAAGCAAGGAAUGA